AUGGAUCAAAAUAUUGAAAUGGUGCUUCAUAAGUAUCAUUUAAACAUACUCUGUAUAUUCUACAUUGUUUUGCAUUUAAUUUCACAAGUCUUAAUGUAUCUCUAAGUGGAACUAUUGUUAAUUCUACAAAUCCCUGUGUGAAAUAAAUAUUUGAAAUAAGUUAAAAUGAAAAUAAUUUCAGUUAGCUGUAAUAAUUAUACUUACAAUAAUGCUCUUUCUUUGAAAGCUUAUACCUGUAAGGCUCAAUAUUUGAUGAGCCGUGUAAUAAAAAAACAUAUUAAAUAAUAGUUGAUAAAAUAAAAAUAAACAAAAUAAGAUAAAAAAUUAAAUAAAUUUGUUUAUUACUGGAAAGAAGUUACAGCUUAGUGUCAUAAAAUUGUAAAAAUUCUGGCUAUAAAUUUUUAUAAACAUAACCUUAAUAUAAUAAAAAUUAAGUUAAACAAUAAUGAAGUUUUUUAUAAUCUACAUUUUCUACAAUGAGAUAAAUUAGGAAAAUUACAUGAAACUUUGUUUACUAGAACGUUAACUAUAAUGAAUAACUUUUGUUUACAUCACAAAAUUCUUGGAGAUACUUAUAAUUUAUAUGGUCGGCUAUUAUCGGCCGUUCUUUCUUUCUUCAUAUUUUCACAUUUAAGUAAUUCCACUACUCUUUUUUUUAAUAAUAUAUAUUUAUUUAUAUAUUUCGUAAAAUUUAAUUUCGUACAUCAAUAUUUCUGACAUUUUCACGUAGUCUUUCUAUGAAUGUAUAGAAACGUUUAAGGACGCGAUAGCUGAUUUUCUGUCAUUGGUUAGUAAGUAUUCCAAGCUUUACUUAAGAGAGCGCUGUUGCUCUUUAGAGCUAAAGUUCAAUACUCAAUAGUGUAAGGCGAAAUUGAUAUAUUAUAGUUGAAAAGAACAAUUAUUGUGGGGUAUUAAAAAUUUGUUGGUUGUAACAGCUUUUGUUAGAAAGAGGUUACUUUCAAUUUUUUCUAUACCAUAGAACAAAGGAAUAUUACACCUUUAUACACGAUUUCAAAUUCUGAAAACAUAGUGAAUGCUCUGCCUGAAAAAUUGUAUCUUAACAAUCUUUCUUUGGAAAAUAUUAUAUUUUUAAAGAAUUAAAGCAUAUACGGAUAUGCUAAAUAUAUUAUAAUUUUAAGAUGAUUGUAAUAAUUUCUUUCGAAUGAUUUCUUUAAAAAGUGUCAAUUAUAAUUAUAUAUGAUUGAUUCAUUUUUAAGUAAUUUAUAAGUAAGUGAAUAUAUAUUUAAAUCUUACAAAUGGACAAUAUACAAUUUGAAACGUAAGUUUGUAUAAUUUUAAGUUUUUAAAGAAACAAUUCUUUGUUUUUUUCAUUUUUUCAUUUUCAUUCUUCAAGUUAUUAUUUGUAUAUGCAAAUAUAUUCAUAUUUAUUUUUUAACAAUUUAGUAAUUUAAUGUUUAUGUAUUUGAACACAAACAAUUUAAUAUAGUUUACUCAAAAAUAUUAUAAAUUUAAAUUACAUUUUUCAGUAAAGAAGCACAUGAUUUAAUUGAUACUAAUUUACCUGCAGUAACAGCAAGUUUAGAAAUGCUUACAAUGAAUACAAAUUUGCCAUCUUCAGAGAAAAAGAUAUUAAGAAAAAGAAUUCUUAAAAAAGAAUCUAACGAGAAUCUUAAUAGAAGAUGCAGUUUAAGACCAAGCAAAAGAACAUGUUCAGAAAUGCAAGGUAACAGUAAAAAAAAUAAAGCACACACAGAAGAAAUUGAUUGUAAGGAGUAUUAUUUAAACAAAAAUUUAAAAAGGAGAUUAAAUAAUCUAGAAACAAUUUAUGAGGAAAAAGAUGAUCCAAGUGAAUGUAUUACAUAUAUGAGUGUGAAGAGGUAUAAACGUAUGAUACAGUUUCAAAAAGAACCUACCGAUAGUAAAUUAAAGAAAAGAAGAGCAAAAAUUAAAAAGGUAUUUGGAUCAAAGAUCAAUUUUAAACGAAAACGUGCAUCAAUGCAAAUGUUGUUAGAUAAGUUAAAUGGUAUUAAAGCAGAAUCACCUACAAAAAUUGAAAAUUAGAGAAAGUGAAAGAUGUCAAAACAUUAAAUAGUGUAAGAAAUUUUUUACCGAUUAUAAUAGGACGCAGGGAAAGAAAUUAUCUUCUUAAUGCAUAUUUAUGGUUUGUUUAUAACAUUUUUUCAAUUUUUUAUAUGAGUAUUAAGAUAUGAACAAAUACAAAAAACAGUACUUAUGAUGACAAAGAGAUAAGGUAAAAAUAUUUUCAAGAAAAUAUGAAGAACACUAUUUUAUAAAACCUAUCGACAAAGUCAUGUAUUUCUUUAAGAAAAAUUUUUGCAUUGAAAUAAUAAAUAAAGAUUACGUGUAAUUUUGUCAUGAAAACAUAAUUUGUGAACUUAUAUUAAUUUCAAGUUUUUUUGUUAUUGUAUUGAAUUAUGAUUAUUUAGUGCAUUUAUAUCAUAACAUCUUUAUGUAUUGCAUAAUACCAUAAUACCUUUAUACUUUUAUUCGAUAUUUACUUUUUAUGUAUUUUAUAUAUAUAUGAAAAUGAAAUACAUUGAAUAGC